AUACCAACACAACCAAAGGCUACCCUCUCCCUCCCUCCAGCAUGUCCUCCUCCUCUUCAGCAUCGUCGCCGCCUUACAAGCUGUCGGUACAGUUGCAAGGACACACUGGUGAUGUCAGAGCCGUAGCCACGCAUACGACGUCUUCAGGCUCGUCUCUCAUCCUUUCGGCUUCAAGAGAUACAACUGCAUGUGUAUGGGCUCGUCUGCCAGGCGCACAGCAUUUCGAGCCGCCACAGGUACUAGGGGGCCAUGGAGGAUAUGUGAAUAGUUGCCAUUGGCUGUCUGAUGGAGCUGGGGGAAUCUUCGCACUUACUGGUGGCCAAGACAAGCUCGUCAAUGCCUUUGAGGUCUCCGUAGAUGCAGAUGGAAGGGCAACGAGCUCGAAAACCCCAGACUAUACGCUCCUAGGCCACGAAGACAAUAUCUCCACCCUCGAUGUUGGACCGGGCGGGGCGUACAUUAUCAGUGGGAGCUGGGAUAAGACCGCUCGGGUAUGGAAGGGAUGGGAGUGCGUGGCUACUCUCAAGGGUCAUUUGCAGGCAGUCUGGGCAGUGCUGGCGGUAGAUGAGGACAGAGUCAUUACUGCCUCUGCUGAUAAGAUCAUCCGGUUGUGGUCCAUCUCGCGUCCUGCCGAGCCUAUCGCCGUUUUUGGCGGUCAUGAUGACGCUGUGAGAGGGCUGACGUUGCUUCAGGACGGGAAGAGCUUUGCAAGCUGCUCAAAUGAUGGUACCAUCAAUAUCUACUCUUUGGAUUCCCUAGACGCUCGUGGGAUAAAUAGACCGAAGCGGACUCUCUCCGGUCACACCAGCUUCGUGUAUUCCCUAGCGACCCUUUCAGCCGCUCACGAGCUUGUCUCAUCAGGCGAAGAUCGCUCCGUGCGUGUAUGGCAAGGCGACGCCCUGAUCCAGACGCUCACCAUACCUGCCAUCUCGGUUUGGUCUGUUGGAACUCUGCAAGACGGUGAUCUUGUUUGUGGAAGUAGCGAUCACCAGAUCCGGGUGUUCACCAGGCAAAAGGAGAGGAUAGCAGAUACGGAGGAGCUGGAUACCUACGAGCGCAGUAUUGCAUCGCAAGCGCUCAACAAGACACAAGUUGGAGAUGUCCGCAAAGACGACGUUCCUGGCGUCGAAGCUCUCUCACAGCCUGGUAGCAAGGAAGGCCAGACUAAGAUGGUGUCCAACAACGGCGUGAUUGAGGCUCAUCAAUGGUCGAUGGCAUCGCAGAGAUGGGAGAAGAUUGGUGAGGUAGUGGGAGGCGUCGGCUCGGGCCAGAAGAAGCUGCAUCAAGGCAAGGAGUACGACUACGUCUUUGAUGUGGACAUUGCCGAUGGCGUGCCACCCCUCAAACUGCCGUAUAAUCUCAGCGAGAACGCCUACUCCGCCGCCCAGAAAUUCUUGGACAAGAACGAGUUGCCAGCAGAGUAUCUAGAGCAAGUCGUGUCUUUCAUCGACAAGAAUGUUGAAGGGGCCACCAUUGGCGGAAGGUCCAAUGAGGCGUACGUGGACCCAUUCUCCGGGACGGCCGGAAGAUACGUUCCUGGCAGCGGUGGGCCAGCGCCUGGAAGCAAUGGCUCGCGGCCCACUACACAAGCUACUGCCCCGCCUGCUCUGAAGAUCCUGCCCCAGAGGUCCUACCUUUCCUUCAAGCAAGCCAACCUCCCAGCUCUUCAAGCUAAGCUCAAUGAGCUUUCGGCCAGCUCCGGCUCGCCUAUUGAUGCUUCGAGCAUCAUUAGUGCUCUCGGCAGCUCGUCCUCGCCCGUCGAUUUGACUCCGCUUUCUCAAGCCAUGACAAGCUGGCCUCCUGCUGCUAGGCUACCGCUGCUUGACAUCUACAGGCUGUCCGCGCUGCAAGGUACGACUGCGUCAGUGCAAGGCUUUGUCUCAACAAUCCUCGAAGCGGCCGAGUGGACUUCGCCUGUUGACUCCAAAGCCAAGGAGACAAACACCAUGCUAGCCGCCAGGGGUGUUGCGAACCUCUUCAGCUCACCUCAAGUAGGUCAAUUGCUGAAGCUGGCUGAAGAACUUCUUGCUCAGCUGCACAGCGCCGACUUUGCCAAGAUGAACAAGAAUGGAAGAGUAGCUUUUGCCACGAUCGUGUACAAUUUCUCCGUCGCCGUCACCGCCUCUGCAGAAGCGCAGCCCUUCGCCGGAGCCAUUUUGGAUGCGAUCGUCAAGAUUCUCACGGAGGAAGAAGGGGACAGCGAGGUCAUCUACCGCACGCUCAUUGCACUGGGCAACUUGCUCGUCUCGCCUUCUUCGAAGAAGCUGCAGGUGGGCAGCGUACAGCUUGCAAGGGAUGCUGCAGAGGCGUGGGGAAGCCGAUUUUCGGGCAGUGAAGAGAGGAUGAGGGUGGUCGCGGGUGACCUCAAGUCUCUCGAUGUAUAGAAUGAUCAGGCCAGAGCAGAUGCAUAAUCUCGAUGGACGGGCAAAAGCCAGACAGUGUCUGAUAUUACCAAUUACAAUCAUCUGCAAUAGAGAACACCAGCGAGCUCAUGCUGCUCAACGUGAUCGGCGUACAUCGCUCAGCGCCCUUUGCCUCCCUCCUCUUUCG